UGAGAUGAGAAUGACACUAACGAAUGACGUUGAAGACUGCUUGUUUCUUAUUAUGAAUUGAAGUGAUAAUAUUUAAUAAUAUUCACCGCUACUCGCAAGAAAGAUAUAAUAAAUAGUGUGUAUGCAAAACAGUACUCAAGAAUCAAAUUUGUAAAAAUAAAACAUCAUCAAAAUGAACAAUAUGUCUUCAUGGGAAGAGUUAAGGAAACAGGCUCGACUGCUCGAAAAUGAUAUUGACGUAAAGUUAGUAGCCUUUAGCAAGUUAGGGGUAAGCACAGGAUCCUCGAGCCUUAAUUCUGAAAGUGCACCCUUGAUAAACAGUGAUGAUAUGUUUGACACUAUGACUAUGGAACUCCAACAACUGCUUAAUAAGUUGUCAGCAAUUAAUGACAAAAUGGCCGACAUAGCACCCAGUGGAGCAGCAACAUUGCAUACAUUGAAGAGGCAUAGGGAAAUUUUAUUGGACUAUCAACAAGAGUUUUCCAAAACAACAGCGCGCGUGAACGCUCGUCGGGAGCGGGAGGAGCUACUUAGAGGCGGAAGCCCUACUCCCACAACCUCUGCUGGGCUAAGUAGAAGGGAUCAGUAUGCUAAGGAAGCAAAUCAUUUACACAGUUCACACAUAUUAGUCGAUGAGCAAUUAAAUAUAGCAAUGGAAGCGCGAGAGCAUCUUACGUCACAACGGCAAACAUUCAAACGGAUGCAGACACGAUUUAACGACAUUACGAAUAGGUUCCCAAUGCUAAACAGCUUGAUGUUCAGGAUAAAUGCAAGGAAACGGAGAGACUCCCUCAUCAUUGGUGGGGUGGUUGCCGUAUGCACCUUCCUCAUGCUAUUAUAUGCAUUCCAUUGAAAUUAAUUUCAGUUAUUAUUAAGUAAAGGUAACUAAACCUGUAUGUACCACAUAAAAUAAAUAAUUUAUUCAUGUAAAACCAGUGUAUUUCAUCUAAAUGUUAUCAAUGUCAAUACAGUAAUUUAAAGAC